GCUCUUGGACGCCUGGCUGGAGGCUGGCUGUCCUGCUUCCUGUGACCUUGGGGACUUGAACCGGACCGGGCCCCGGGGGCCCAGGGCACGGUCUCCUUCCCCCACGCUGUUUCUUUAAUCGCUCCUCCCCAGUCGCUUCUACCCCACCCUCUCCUGCGCUAAACUGUUUCCUGGGCGGGAGCUGUUUGGCUUUUUCCUGCCCCAGUUAGGGGUGGGGGCGGUGGCUGUCGCAGCCCUUGGCCUUCGGGGGACAUGGAGCCCAGGAGGGCGGCGCCUGGGGAGCAUAGCUGGAGGCCUCGAGUGGCCGCGGGGGCUGAGACGGCCGCAGAGCUCGUGUACCAUCUAGCGGGGGCCCUGGGCACCGAGCUGCAGGAGCUGGCGCGCCGCUUCGGGCCUGAGGCGGCCGCGGGACUCGUGCCGCUCGUGGUGCGGGCGCUGGAGCUCCUGGAAAAGGCUGCGGUGGGGCCCGCCCCCGACUCGGUGAGUCACCGCCCCUCCCUCUGCCACCCGCGGGGUCGCCGGGGGCCUAACCCUGAGAGCCCGGACUCCCAGCUGCAGGUGUCGGCGCAGCAGGCCGAGCUGGAGCUGCGGCGGCUGCGGGACGAGAACGAGCACCUCCGCAGAGAGCUGCGCUGCGGGCCGCAGGAGGAGCGCGCUCUGCUGCGGCAGCUCAAGGAAGUGACCGACCGACAGCGGGACGAGCUCCGGGCGCACAACCGGGACCUGCAGCAGCGCAGCCAGGAGACCGAGGCGUUGCAGGAGCAGCUGCAGCGCCUCCUGCUGGUGAAUGCAGAGUUGCGGCACAAGCUGGCGGCGGUGCAAACCCAGCUGCGAGCCGCACGGGACCGCGAGAGCGAGCGGGAGCUGCGGCGUGCAGGGGUCGUGGAGUUGGCUCAGGAUCAGGCACGGAACCUGGCCGGGGGUCCUGGCUGCGCACAGAGGCAGGAGCCCGAGCUGGCGACCGCAGAACCAGGCGGCCCGGGGACCCCUGAGGACCCCGUGAGUGCCCGCUGGGUCAGGGACCCUUCCCAGUCCUCACAAGGGCGGGCACUUGGGAAGUGUGCUGUGCUGCGUGGCAGGUCCGACGGGACGUUGGAAGGUGGCACACAAGCAGAUGCCCCGCAGGAGGAACAGUGUCCCUCCAACGUAGGGCAGUGCGGCUUCAGUCGACAGGAGCUUCAGCAGAUCCUCCAGGAGCGGAAUGAGCUCAAAGCCAACGUGUUCCUGCUGAAGGAGGAGUUGGCCUACUUCCAGCGGGAGCUGCUCACAGACCACAGGGUACCUGGGCUUCUCCUGGAAGCCAUGAAGGUGGCUGUCAGGAAGCAGCGGAAGAAGAUCAAGGCGAAGAUGUUAGGGACCCCAGAGGAAGCAGAGAGCAGUGACGAUGAGGAUGGCUCAUGGCUCCUGCUCUCCAGCGAUAAGGAAGACCACCCCCCACCCCCUGACUCCAGAAUACAGAGUUUGCUCAAAGUACCUCUGGGUUCUCCCCCCAGCUUUGGCCGGUGUUAUCGAGGUGGCGCAGAGGCCCUUGAAGCCAAGACCAGUAGCACAGCUCCCAGCGAGCGAGGCGGAGAAGAGGAGGCCCCACAGCGACCCCACGUGGAGCCUGUGGGCAGCCCCUGACCGGCCCUGCUUUGCUCUCGAUGAACAUCUUUGUCUCGGGGUCUCAGGUGCCCCAGGUGCCUGACCUUGGAGUCUGACUGUGGGUGGAUGUGACCUCAAAUGAGGACAGGGCUCCCUCCUGCCCUGCCCUCCCAGGCUCUUUCUCAGUCUUGGCCUGAGCCAGGGCACGACUGGGAGUCCAGCCUUCCUUCCUUCCCUAGAUCCGAGCAAAGCCUCCCGGGAUCAGAUAAAAGUGCUUCCUCUCUGCGUCUCAGUUUCCCCAUCCGUGAAAUGGAGAGCUGACUACCUACCUCCCAGAGAUUUGCACAGAUGGCCUAAGCUAAUGUAAUAAAGGAACUGCCCGUGAUAUCCACAAA